AUGACGACGGAAGUCAAUGAAUGCAGCAUCAAGGUGCUCUGUAGGUUCCGGCCACUGAAUCAAUCGGAAAUCUUACGGGGAGAUAAAUUCAUCCCAGUUUUCCAGGGAGAUGACACCGUCAUCAUUGGGGGGAAGCCUUAUGUCUUUGACCGUGUGUUCCCACCCAACACCACCCAGGAGCAAGUUUAUCAUGCCUGUGCCAUGCAGAUUGUCAAAGAUGUGCUGGCUGGAUACAAUGGCACCAUUUUUGCCUAUGGGCAGACAUCCUCGGGAAAGACACACACCAUGGAGGGCAAGCUGCAUGAUCCUCAGCUUAUGGGUAUCAUCCCACGGAUUGCCCAAGACAUCUUCAACCACAUCUACUCCAUGGAUGAGAACCUGGAAUUCCACAUUAAGGUUUCCUACUUUGAAAUCUACUUAGACAAAAUUCGUGAUCUUUUAGAUGUGACCAAGACCAAUCUCUCAGUUCAUGAGGACAAGAACCGUGUGCCAUUUGUGAAGGGCUGCACUGAACGCUUCGUCUCCAGCCCUGAAGAAAUUCUGGAUGUCAUUGAUGAGGGAAAAUCCAACCGUCACGUGGCUGUCACCAAUAUGAAUGAGCACAGUUCCCGCAGCCACAGCAUCUUCCUCAUCAACAUCAAGCAGGAGAACAUGGAAACUGAGCAGAAGCUGAGUGGGAAGCUUUACCUGGUGGAUCUGGCUGGCAGUGAGAAGGUCAGCAAGACAGGAGCUGAAGGAGCUGUUCUGGAUGAGGCCAAGAAUAUCAACAAGUCUCUUUCAGCGCUUGGCAACGUCAUCUCAGCUCUGGCUGAGGGCACGAAGAGCUACGUGCCUUAUCGGGACAGCAAGAUGACCCGCAUCCUGCAGGACUCUCUCGGUGGAAACUGCCGCACAACCAUGUUUAUCUGUUGCUCACCCUCCAGCUUUAACGAUGCCGAGACCAAAUCUACUCUCAUGUUUGGACAGCGGGCCAAGACAAUCAAGAACACAGCUUCAGUGAAUCUGGAACUGACAGCUGAGCAGUGGAAGAAGAAGUUUGAGAAGGAGAAGGAGAAGAACAAGAUCCUGAAGGAGACGAUUACCAAGCUGGAGGCAGAGCUCGGACGCUGGCGCAAUGGCGAGAAUGUCCCAGAGACAGAGCAGCUGAGCGAUGAGGAGAAGGUGGAGACGGACACCUGUGAUGAGACACCUCUCAAUGAUAACAACUCCUCCAUUGUCAUCCGGAUCUCUGAUGAGGAGCGACACAAAUACGAGGAAGAGAUCCGCAAACUCUACAAGCAGCUUGAUGACAAGGAUGAUGAAAUCAACCAGCAGAGCCAACUGAUGGAGAAGCUCAAAGAGCAGAUGUUGGAUCAGGAGGAGCUGGUGAUGUCAACUCGUGGGGACAAUGAAAAAGUGCAGCGAGAGCUCAGUCACCUGCAGUCCGAGAAUGACUCUGCCAAGGAGGAGGUGAAGGAGGUGUUGCAAGCCCUGGAGGAGCUGGCUGUCAACUAUGACCAGAAAUCCCAGGAGGUGGAAGAGAAAAGCCAGCAGAAUCAGCUGUUGGUGGAUGAGCUGUCCCAGAAAGUGGCCACCAUGUUGUCUUUGGAAGCUGAGUUGCAGAGGCUGCAGGAGUUCAGUGCCCAUCAGCACAAGCGCAUUGCUGAAGUGCUGAACGGACUCAUGAAGGAUCUGAGUGAAUUCAGUGUCAUUGUGGGCAAUGGCGAGAUCAAGCUGCCAGUAGAGAUUAGCGGUGCCAUUGAGGAAGAAUUCACAGUUGCCCGCCUCUACAUUAGCAAGAUUAAAUCAGAAGUGAAGUCAGUCGUGAAGCGCUGCCGGCAGCUGGAGGGGCUGCAAGUGGAGUGUCAUCGCAAGAUGGAGGUGACAGGACGGGAGUUGUCUUCCUGCCAGCUUCUCAUCUCUCAGCAUGAGGCAAAGAUCCGCUCACUCACUGAAUACAUGCAUAGUGUGGAGCUGAAGAAGCGGAACCUGGAGGAAUCCUAUGAUGCGCUGAAUGAAGAGCUGGCUAAACUGCAGGCCCAAGAGACUGUACAUGAAGUGAGCAAAGAGCAGGAUGUGAUCCAGGAUCCUGAUGAAGUCAAAAAGGCCCUGGAAGUGCAGCUAGAGAGUCACCGUGAGGCCCACCACAAGCAGCUGGCGCGGCUGCGCGAUGAGAUCAACCAGAAGCAAAAGAUCAUCGAUGAGCUCAAGGACUUAAACCAGAAGUUAGAGCUUGAACUGGAAAAGCUCCGUGCUGACUACGAGAAACUCAAGAGUGAGGAACAGGAGAAAUCACAGAAACUUCAGGAGCUGACAUUUCUGUACGAGCGACAUGAGCAAUCCAAGCAGGACCUUAAAGGGCUGGAGGAGACUGUUGCCCGUGAACUCCAGACCCUCCACAAUCUUCGCAAGCUGUUCGUUCAAGACGUCACAACUCGAGUUAAGAAAAGCGCGGAGCUGGAACCCGAGGAUAGCGGGGGGGCUCAUUCCCAGAAACAGAAGAUUUCCUUUCUUGAGAACAACCUGGAACAACUUACAAAGGUUCACAAACAGUUGGAUCGCUGGGUCUCCAAGCUGGUUCGUGACAAUGCAGAUCUGCGUUGUGAGCUUCCUAAACUGGAGAAACGUCUUCGGGCUACGGCUGAGAGAGUUAAGGCCCUGGAGGGUGCACUGAAGGAGGCCAAAGAGGGCGCCAUGAAAGAUAAGCGUCGCUACCAGCAGGAAGUGGACCGUAUCAAGGAGGCCGUGCGCUACAAGAACAGCAUGAAGCGCAACCACUCCGCACAGAUAGCCAAACCAGUGCGGCCAGGAAGUCACUACCCUGCCUCAUCCCCCACCAACCCCUAUGGUGUCCGCAGCUCUGACUGUAUCAGCUACACCAACAGUCUCUUCCAGAACUAUCAGAAUGUCUAUCUGCAGAAUACUGGCAGCGCCGUGCCUGACAGCUACUUUACCAAUGCCUCUUCCAGCAUCGGAAGCAGCUCCUCCAGUGCCCCUCUGACCUCCUAUCAGAAACUCAAUGUGGAUAAUGGAAAUGCCACAGACAUCAAUGAUAACAGAAGUGACCUGCCCUGCAGCAUUGAAGCAGAUGAGCAAGCCAAGCUCUACCCACUUCACCAGGAGACCGCAGCUAGCUAA